AGAUGUCUCAAGAGUUUGCCAGCAUAUACAAGUCAUGUAGGGAAUGGUUGGCACUUACACGAUUUGUAGCAAAGGGAAUAGUGAAGCCGUCAACGCCGAGUCCGAAUCCUGCAAGGAGUCCUGCUGAAGAAAAGGAAAUUCUUCCCCCACCUCCUCCACCUCCAACCUUCCAUAAAAAAGUGGAUCUUUCAGAGUACAAGGAGCGAACGAAAUCCAUGGGGCCUAGCAGUGAGCGAGCUUCUGCGGAACGUUCUGCACCACGACGAAGUUUUAUACCUGAUACUUCGCAAGCUCGUCCAGACUUAUCAAUGCCAAACCUUGCAUUGCCUGGUCAAGAGCCGAUUACCCCAUCGCCUUUGGCUACUCAGCCACAUGAAAAUGGUCACAAAUCACGGGAUGAGCACAGCCGUCGUGAGGAAGAGAGGAGAAGAGAGAAGGAGCGACGUCGGAGGGAAGAACGCGAAAGGCAUGGCCAUGUUGAGCGGCCAGAAGAGAGAGAAAGACGGAAACGGGAACAUGAGCGGAUGUCCGGUGGUGCUCCUCACCCACCAGUUGAGAAGAGACCAAGACAUGAAAUGCCACCGUCAUCAGCACCGUCUUCUAUGGGCUCUACGAAUGUUGGAAAUGGAUCGAAACCGCCUAGACCAAUGACUCAAGUACAACCAUCUGUGCACCACUCUUCAUCACAUCCUCAUGGUUUGAAUAGUGCAAAUGGUUCACAUUCCAGAAGAGAAAACGAUGUUUUGAAGAAUUCGGCGCAGUAUGUUCGUGCAAUGGAACCUCCAAGGGCAUUGUCACCACCGCCGUUGCCGCCAUCUGUGUUACCGCCUCCCCCUCCACCACCUGCUGCAAUUUCCGAACUGGAGGAAGGUGAGGUGGAAUGAUCUCAGUCAGCAGUUAUCAUUCUGACCAGCAGAUGAACUAUAUCUGCGGGCUAAAACCCAUCUGUUUGUAUGUACAGUUAGAGUCGAAGAGCGUGAUAUUAGUAGCUUAGUGAGAAGUGGUUGGUUAAAUAAUUUAUUGUCGU